AUGACCACCGAACCGCCCGCGAAGAAGAAAUGCAUUGGAGUACAAUGCGACAACGACGCCCAAUCCUUGCAGUGUCCCAACUGCCAGAAACUCGGCAUCAAAGGCAGCUUCUUCUGCUCCCAGGACUGUUUCAAGAAGAGCUGGAAUGAUCACAAGGCUCUGCACAAGAUUGUAUCGGGCAAGACAACGACUGGUAUUCUUGACCAUAUCCGAACUCCGAAGGUCGUGUCUGAACCUGAUCCCGCAACAGGUCUCUACAAUCCUUUUCCAUCAUUCAGUUACACUGGACCGGUGCGACCCGUCUACCCGCUGUCCGAGAAGCGUACCGUCCCCAAAGACAUACCGUGGCCGGAUUAUGCUGAGUCGGGGUACCCCAAGAGUGAGAGGUUCGUGAACCGGAAUAAGUUCGAAAUACUGGAUGCCAAGGGCCAGGAAGCUAUGCGGAAGGUUUGCAGGUACGGGCGAGAAGUCCUGGAUAUUGUGGCAGCUGAGGUCAAGCCCGGGGUCACGACCGACUACCUGGAUAAGGUUUGCCAUGAAGCUUGCUUGGAGCGAAAAUCUUACCCUUCUCCCCUCAACUACAACCACUUCCCCAAAUCUUUCUGUACAUCGGUCAACGAGGUCAUCUGCCACGGCAUUCCGGACCAGCGGGUGCUCCUCGACGGCGACAUCAUAAAUCUGGAUGUCUCUUUAUAUCACGGAGGAUACCACGCCGAUCUGAACGAGACCUACUACGUUGGCGACAGAGCCAAGGCCGACCCGGACACUGUGAGGGUAGUCGAAGCGGCUCGAGAAUGUUUGGACGAAGCGGCCAAGAGCAUCAAACCCGGAACUUUGAUGCGGGAAUUCGGCAAUAUCAUCGAGAAGCAUGCCAAGUCCCAGAAUUGCAGCGUCAUCAGGACCUACUGUGGCCACGGUGUCGGCAGCCUGUUUCACUGCCCUCCAAACGUACCACAUUACGCCAAGAACAAGGCUGUGGGAGAAUGCAAACCCGGUAUGACCUUUACGAUCGAACCGAUGAUCGCGCUGGGCAAGUACCGGGACAUCACCUGGCCGGACAACUGGACGAGCACCACGAUAGACGGCAAGAAGACUGCGCAAUUUGAGCACACCUAUUUGGUUACAGAAGAUGGAGUUGAGGUACUGACGGCGCGGACCGAGACGUCCCCAGGAGGGCCUGUGCCUAUGCCAUCCGUUGAGAACGGCACAAAUGGCACAAACGGUAGCUGA